AAAAAUCAUUACAUUAAGUACACUCGUGGAGAAUUAGAAAGUUAUUGUAAUGAUCCAGAGACAUGCAUAAAAAAGGUGCACAGCAUAGAACCAAUCACAUUCUCUCCUAUUAUGAUCGCAGAUUUUCGAAGCACAAUCAACAAAUUAUUGAGUAGCAGAAUAGGAAAAUACGAUGCAAAAUUAGAAGGUGUUGUGCUUGAUUUUAGAAACACGAAAAUAUUACAGGCAACAAGUGCCAUUCGUCAAGAUAGCGCUUUUUCUGUGAUAAAUAUUGAAACAUGUUUUUAUAUAUUUUCACCUCGUAAAGGCGCAAUUGUCACUGGUACUGUGAAGUACAUUAAUAGAAUGAGUAUGGAAACAAUCGUUUCUGUAAUCAUUUAUCGAGUGUUCAAUGUUAAAGUUACUGUCAAAGGAAGAAUAAAACAAGAAAUAGAUAUUAAUCAAGAAAUUAAAAUACGAGUUAAAGAUUUUCAUUUUGAUAAUGUUAUUCCUUUCAUAGAAGGGGAAGUCUUUAAGUCUGAAAUUGUUCAAUUAUCGCAAAGAAAAAUUUUCGAUGACGCUAUCGACAGUGGAAUUAGUGACGGGAUGGGUGAAAGCAGUUCACAAAUUGAAGUCUCUAAAGAACUAUAUGAAAUGGAACCUGCACAGCUUAUAAGAGUUAAACAUCUGAAUGAAUUAAAUGAUGAAGUAGGAAACAGUUCGCAGAAAGAAGUGAAGAAAAGCAGAAAACGAAGAAUAUCAAAAGAUUUCAAUGAUUCGACGACAAUUUCUCCUAUAAAGAAAAUCAAAACGGAACCAGUAACUGACGAUAACAACGUUGAUACAAUUAUUAAACAAGAGUUUGAUAGCGAACAAACUUUAUCUCAGAUAUUGAAUGAAUCACAUAAUGCAACCGAAAGCUUCAUUAAUGGAUUAGAAAAUAAUAUCAUGCAAACAGAAUCAUCAUCCAAAAAGAAGAAAAAGAAAGACAAAAAAGAAAAACGACGCAACAGAGAAGAUGAUUUCGAAACAUCGAUUCAAAUGCUUUUAAGUUCAGCACCAUUUACAAAAGAAUAAUUAAUAAAACAUGAAUU